CCCUUUAAGCUAGAUAAGGGAAAUCAAUCGGAUCCGGAUCGGAACUAUUCUCUUCCACCUAAAUGGACUUCCCGGCCCUGUCACCGUCUCGGUCCCUCCAAUUUCCGACCAAUUUCGUCGGAAAACCUAAAACCCAGUUCCGGAUACUUCUUGGGAAUGCUCCUUCCGGGUGCAAAACCCGUCGUCGCACUCUGACGUCUCUCUCGGCAUUGAACGAACAAAGCACGAGCUUUUCAGUCUCAAGGGCGUGUACGGACGAGAACGAUCAAGAACCAAUAAGCUUGAACAAUGAAAACGAUUGGGUUCAUUUUGUCGGUAUUGGAGGUUCUGGGUUGUCUGCGUUGGCAAUGCUUGCACUCAAGCAGGGCUAUGAAGUUAGUGGCUCGGAUAGAUGGAGUAGCUUCAUGGAUGGACUACAAGAAGCCGGAGCUAAUAUCCAUAUAGGUCAUUCAGUGUCUAAUAUGAAAAAGAAAAAUAGCUCAAGAUUGCCUAAUGUUGUUGUUGUUUCAAGUGCUAUUCCCAAAGAUAAUGUGGAGAUUUUGCAUGCAAACUCUGUUGGAGUUCCUGUAUACAAGCGAGAUUGCUGGUUGGAAAAGCUGACACAGGGCUACAAUCUCAUAGCUGUAAGCGGUACCCAUGGAAAGAGUACAUCUGCAAGUAUGCUUGCUUAUGUUCUAAGUGCAAUGGGUGAUGAUCUUACAGCCGUAAUUGGAGCACAUGUCCCACAGUUUUCUGGGAAAAAUGUAAUCUCAGGUGUUAGUCAGACAUUUGUACUAGAGGCUGAUGAAUAUGAUGGUAGCUUCCUAAAAUUAUCGCCUUACAUUGCUGUUGUGACAAAUCUGGACUGGGAGCAUGUCGAUAUUUUUGAAAAUGAGGAGGCAGUUAAAAGUUCCUUCAGAAGAUUUCUGAACCAAAUCAGGAUGGGUGGACAGCUCAUUUUAUGUGGAGAUAGCCAGGGUGCAUGUUCCUUGCUGAAUCACAGCAAACAAGCAAGUGGAUCAGUUGCUUCAAUUGGUGUGAUAUCAGUUCCAAGUACAGAGCGAUGUGAGGGUCACAGCUAUAAAAUAACAACAUAUGGAAUCACGGGUUCAAAUGAAUGGCACGCAUCAUCGAUUAGUUUGAACUCAAUGGGUGGUACUGAUUAUACACUGAAUCAUCGGGGAUUUCCGGUGGCAGAAAUCUGUCUACAGAUUCCAGGUGUUCAUAAUGUUCUCAAUUCAUUAGCGGUCAUUGCCACAACUGUAGUGUAUGUCAAUGAUGAAUCAAAAUUUUAUAAUACAAUCAAUCAUUUGAGAUUGCACUUGAAGAGUUUUAAAGGAAUUUCAAGACGUUUUGAGAUGAUUGGCAGAAUUCAUGGAUGCCACAUUUAUGAUGAUUAUGCUCAUCAUCCAACAGAAGUCCGUGCAGUUCUUCAAGCUGCUAGACAGAGGUUCCCCUUUGAGGAGCUGGUUGCUGUAUUUCGGCCUCAUACUUACAGUCGUUUAGCAGCACUGAAGGAUGACUUUGCAAGAGCCCUUAGUGAUGCAGAUCAAGUCAUUGUUACAGCGGUUUAUGCUGCUAGAGAAACAAAUGUUUGGAAUGUUAAUGGAAGGGAAUUAGCUGCUUCCAUAGUUGGUCCUCUAUCUGAAUACAUUCCUUCUCUGGAGGCUGUGGUGGAUAAGUUGGUGAUGCAGAUAUGCAAGAAGCCUCAUCGAGAUAUUGUUGUUUUGACGCUUGGAGCAGGUGAUAUAACCACCGUAGGUCCCAAGCUGCUCAACGAAUUGCAGGAAAGAUUAGGGAGAAAUUAGGGAAGAAAUUCUGUCUCAGCUUGCCCCGGCUGCUCUAAAUUGCUCGUCUUCUUUUUGACGAGAGAUGAGUUGAUGAAGAGCUUCAGUCCAAUGAACGUAGCAGUUUUGCCACAAAAGUUUCUUUUCAAUUGAAUUCUCCGAAACAAGUUUGUAAUCUAGUAUACAGGUAAGUUUAUAAAGUAAUUUUAUAUCCAAAUUUUGGUAGACUAAUCUCUUGUACUUAAAAAAUUUAUUUUAAAGAUGAAUAACAAACCAAACGCAGUAUAUUUGAGAACAAAAAGAGAAAAGAAAAAAUGGAGCUUAAUGCAAUCUAAACAUUUUGUUCAUAGUUUUUCAGACUUGUAAAUGUUCUUCCAAAAAACGAGAUCGAACAACACAACAGAACUAUAAGAUCUAUAAUUCAUUGAUUUAAAUGAUUUGACAUUGAAAAUGGCUUUAUUGAAAGUAAAUAAAACAAUAAAAUGCAAAACGAUCUCAUGCUCUGUAACACCAAAAAGAAAAGUAAAGAAACAAAGCUUUUUUUAUGCCAAAUGUAUUAAAACAAACAAUAUCGGGUAUAAAUUUCCAAUCCGCCAAACUAAAGACAAACAACUCUUCAUUCCAUCUACUCAAAACAAAUAAUAAAUACAGAUAUUACUCUUGAGCCACCAACAACACCAUAAGAAUUCUAAUAAAACUAUGAACCUAAAGCACAGAGACGCACCUCCUCAAGCCAAUUUCAUCUCUGAACCACAAACACACUAGACGUCUACUUAUCAAACAGAGAAUGAACAAAAUCAUGGAAAACUGUAUCCAAAAAAAAAAAAAAAAAAAAAAAAAAAACUUUACUGACCUACUGUACAGUUCGAUGGAUUGCCAACAAGCAAAAUCUGGAUCAAAAGUAGCAGCUAAAAUAUAUUUGGAAUUAAAUUCCUCUAAACCUUGAACAACCCCAAAAAGUACCCACAUUCAUAAAUGACUUCAAAGUCAGUGAGCCAAUGAAACAGAUUUCAAUC